AUGUCUGCCGUUCUGAAAGCAUUCAAUUUACAUAAAUUAAAGCAAAAGAUUUCUUUCUCAACGAGAACUUGCAUUAAUCAUCCUCGGAAAGCUGUUACUGAAGAGGAAAACAUUGUUUUGACUGUCAAUAUUCCCCACGAGUACCUAGAACAAUUGUAUGACUUGAAGCAAGAUGAUGGCAAGUUAACUGGCCUGUCGUACGUCGAAGUUUUAAAUGCAUUUAUAUCGCAGAAUGCCUUGGAGAUAAAGCUAGACUGCGAAAGAAUUAAUAGUAUAAUACGUAGAUAUUGUGGGGAGAUAAAAACCAAAAGCAAAAGGUUGCGAGGCCGUGUAAGAACAGAGUACUUGGCGAAAUCAAAAUGCAUUUCUGUUUACGAGAAGGAAAUUGCCAGGGUGUCUGAGGCGAAGAAUGAGCUAGAAAGUGCAAAGGCAGUUUGUGAUACCUUGUCCAAAGAGAAAUACAAUUUAAAUGAGCAAUGCGAGAUACUAUCGAAAGAGUUGUGUACAUUGCAAGGAGCCAAGAAAGAGACUGAACGAAAGCUGGAAUGUGUGACAAAGGGAUACCAGGAAGAGUUAAACAAGAAUGAAGCACUGAAACAGUACAUUGAGAAAAUGGGAAUCCCAGACAAUUGUGAGAAUACUGGAAAAUGUGUAGCAGAUGUGGGGAAAAGGCAACAACAUCGGAAAAUAAAAGAACUCAAAACACAAGUUGAGAGAACUCUUUGGUUUGCUAAUACAUAUGGACUGCAUUUGGAAUCUUUAAAAUUAUCUGACAAUUCUGGUGCUGAAUAUGAACUGGAAUUUACAGCCGGUGGAACCAAAAAGAGUUAUAAAGAUUUACCAGAAGCUGAAAAGCAGAAAAUUAAAGAAGUUCUUUUGAUCCAGGAUAAGUUUUGUGUGGGUGAAGCAGCAUACCAUGAGCUUACCAUGAUCCCGGCAGGUCAAACCCUACCUCGGUCGUACCUGGUUAAACAGUGCAAGGAUUCCUUGAAUCAGUUGUGUCACAUCGAGCGAACACCAGGGGAAAAUGAAGGUGCCCAGGUCAAUUUUUAUGAUGCACUCAGGAAUGCAAUCCAAAAUCAUGUAAGUUAAUCGAUGAAUGACAAAUAAUGUUUUGCAUGUUUGUGUAUCAUUGCAUAUAUUGCAAUAUAAUGAAGGGGAAAUUAUUUACCCAGAUUUUUUUUACUCUUUUUAUAGAUGAGAACCUGCACUGCAAAUGGUCUAAGUCCUCCCGAGAGAUACAACAUAAAGUUAAGUGGGGAUGGUGCCAAAAUGACAAGGCUUACUGGCUUUAUAGUCAUCUCGUUUUCAAUUUUGAAUUCUGGAGAUGCUGUGAUGUCUCCAAAAGGUUAGCCUAUCCGCAUCUCAUUGCACACCCCUAUGAUGUUAUUGUCCAAUUUGUAAAAUGGAAGUAGACUGCGAACAGUGUAUGUACACAGAAAUUUCUAAAUUUCUGUGUACAUAGACUGUUCGCACAGGCCAAGAUGGCAUUGACCUUCAAUGUGCAGUGUCCAUCACUGCUGUUUAAUUAAUCAUCUAUGCAAUAAACUUCUCUUGACAAGUAAAAUUGUUUUGAAUGAAAAGUCCGAGCGCUGUAGCAUAAUGGGUCAAUUUGACUCUGAGAUUUGCUUUAACAUUUAAACAUAGCCUAGAUAUUUUACAUUCCAGGAAAUUAUACCCUUGCUAUAAUAAAGGGAAAGGAGUGCUAUGAGACACUCAAAUCCUCAUGUAGAAACAUUUUUUGCGAUGUCAACAAAAUUGUGGAAACUGGUGUGCUGCAGCUUGAUGAUGGAAAUGAAGUCCCAAUUGACAUGUAUUUGGGUUGAGACUAUAAGGUGCAGUCCUGGUUUUAAGGAUUUUGAGAGUAAUCAGUUUUACCAAUCAAUAAAUAGAAUUUUUUUAAUUAACAUGUUUUUCAUUUCUCCCCAAGUUUCUUUUAAUACUCAUGGGGAUGAAAGGAGCAGUGUCUGAUUAUGCCUGUAUCUGGUGUAAAUCCACAAGAUGCUACGGUACAGUACAGAAUGAAAUAUUACAAAUGAAGAACACACAAAUUAUUGACAAAACUCAUACCAGUGUCACAAUCGACCCAUAUCAUUUACCAUUAUUUGGAUUAUUUCAACUAAUAUACAACAAUAUCCAUUAUAGGCAUGAUAUGACAAAGCCUCAGGAUUUCUAUUGGACGAUAGACAUGAAAAGAACGUUAGAGGACAUCAGACAGUUCUGCCUAAAGAAGCAGUUUUCAUGUGACCGCCCACCUCUGUUAAAUAUUCCGCUUGAGAAUGUCGUCCUUGAUGAGUUGCACUUAAUGCUAAGGGUAACAGGUGAAUGUACAACCAUAAUUUAAAAAUAGACAUUGAAUUCCACACUCAACAACCAGUUAGCCCCUCCCCAACACUUGAUCCUGCAACUCUAUAAAAUAAGCCUACAUAAAGAUAUUUUUUGUUUUUGACAGAUAAGCUAACUGACAAUUAUUUACUGAAGCGCUCAACAGGGAUAAGGCAGACAAUCACAACACAGCACCAUGUGAUCACACUUCGACACAUUUGGACAACUUGGUGAAUGCCAUUCAGAGUUGUGGCAUUUCUUUCAAUGUCUGGGAGAAAACCGAUGCCAAUGGUCGAGCAAGUGGAAUCUAUGAUUUCACUAGUCUUAUGAGUACCGAUAAGAAACUUUUACUUGAAAAGUUGCCAGCAAAGCUGAAUGGUGUCAUCACUCCUGCUACAUGCAAUGAAGUUAUAAAACUUAUAAUCCAGCAGUAUUCCGACAGUAUAGUUUUUACAACUUUAUAUGCAGGAACAUAUAAGCAGGGCUACCCCCCCCCCCCCGGCAAAAUUAUUGGCCCAUUCUGAGAACAUUUGGCUUUAAAAAUAUAUGUUCCUAAUUAGGCUCAGUACAGCAAAAUUGUAGGGUGAAAACGCAGGAAAUAGCAUUUCAAGGGUUCAAAUUCUAAAAUUCUCUGGGGAAACCCACCUCUGGUUUACUUUGGUUUAUGCCUCUAGUUUACUUUAAUAUAGGAUUUUCAUCACAUCUACAACGACUGUAUCAACAUGAAAACACCCACAGAUGCAGACGUCGACAAAAACAUCCUUUCUGGGAAAAUUUUAAAUGCCGAUUCAUCGUGUAGGUAACCGCUUGGGUGACUUUAUUCCUAUCACUUGGUCAGUCACUAGAAGGGUAUGGCAAAGUGAACAUCACACCAUAUAUACAUGCAAUGGUUUACCAUGUGCCUCGCUUUAUGAAACUGCACAAUGGAAUAAAGCAGUUUUCUGGACAAGGUAAAACAGUAUAUUUUCUAUUAUAAACCAGGUUAGGUAAUAUUUUAUCAUUCCUUAUAGUGAGGUAUUUUUAUCAUGAUAAGAAUAUGUUAUCGAAAAAGUAUAUACAACUAUUGGCAUUGAUGGUUAUGUAGGUGUUGAGAAGCUGAAUGAUAAUAUAAGAAGAAUCCUCCUCCAAAAAUCUAAUAAGUGGGAUGCAGCUAAGGAUGUUCUAAUGGCUGAAGAGCGAAAGAAAGUAUUAAGCGAUCUGGAAAGAGAACCUAGACCAUACAAGAAGAAGGCGGAUAAUUAUUGGUUGGAUGGAAUCAAGGAAAGUCGAAGGAAGCGGCCGCGAUUGUGUGAUGAGGAAGAUAUUUCAGAUGGUCCAGAGGACAUCUCUUCACUAACGCCAGAGAUUCUUAAGUUGCGAUUGAAGGACAUGGGUAUCACAACUCGCGCUAGAAAGCUAAGCAGGCUGUUAGAUAUGUACACUGUUGCCUUGCAAUCACAAAAACACUAA